AUGUUUGUAUAAAAUGUAAUAAUUAAUUGCACAAACUAGGGAUACUAUAGGAACACACCUCCCUCUCCGGUAAUACAUUGCUCAUCCUCGUUGAUCUAAUGCCCGACCUUGUGUCCUGAUCAGACACUCCAUUCUCAGCAUAUAUGUUUGCUCUACCCAUAACACCCACCACUCCUCUAUAUACACAGGUAUAACCAGUCUCACCAUGCAAUGAUAUUGGUAGUGCUCUAAGACUUUCUUUCUAGGCUGCUCCAAUUACUUGCAUACUCAGUGAACUUUGACUCUAGCAUUUCUGCACGUGGCAGCCAAAAACUAGCAGCUAGCUACAUGUACGUAGCUACUAGAUACAGGUAGCAGCUUGUUAGUGCUUCACAAAGACUUUUUCAUGGCAGAGUUCAAGUUUAUGCAGGUGAAAAGAACUUUUGAUGACAAACUAAAGGUUGUUGAAUUAGCUGGAGCUAAUAAACGCCGCUCUUGAACAAUGGCCUCUCUUAAAUUGUAGCCUCCUCUUCCAGCAAAAUGAAACAUUUAGUAGCCGCGGCUCCUGAUCAAGCAUAUACAAUAUUCACAUUAUUGUUGAGCUUAAUUGAUGAUGUUCCUUAUUUUAAUUAAUGAUUCAUUCCUGAUGAGUCACUGUUUGUCAAAUGAGAGGCGACUUUACAUAUUCCCAACAUUCCCCUCUCCACGGUGGAAUAGUGGCGUGUGCCACAUGAAUAAAGUAAUUACAAAUAUAGUUUAAUCCUUAUAUAGCUUGUUCUAUUAUAAACAUGGCUUAUAUUACAUAAUGCAUUAUAAUCUUGGUCAUUAAGCUUACCUAGCAUUGCUUUAGUACUUCCACUCAUUGAUUAGUAGAGUUUGUUGUUCAUAACUUGAAUAAGCCCAUAUAGAAUCAGUUUGUGUGAACAUGGACAAAAACAAAUUUUGUGUAGUCCCUUAUGAGGACAGCUUACAAGUUUAUGAUGGUGCAAUGAAACGGUUUAAAGGUCUACCUUCAAUGUCGGAUGCUGUCGAAAAAGCUGAAAGGCAUAUGCAAAGUAUUCUUGAAGAUAUUACAGCUGAUUCAGAUCCUGAAGUAAAAGUUAAGCUUGCCAUUCUACAGAAGGAAUUUCAGGAAUUUAUUCAAGUAGGCAAAAACUAUCUAGAAGAUUGUCUUUGGAUGGCGAAGUAUGCUGCCAAUGAGCAGCACCUUACUGAAAUCAAGGAGCAAUUAGAAAGAAAAAUCUUAGACAAGCUAAAAGAGUUUAUCGAUUACCUAAGCGACUACCUAAAAGAUUGUGAUAAAUCUUUUGAAGAAUUUCGAAAAUAUAUCAAAGAAAUGAGUGACCAACUUUCCAGUGCCCAAAAAGACUUCUCUGAUCAACAUGAAGAAGCGAAAGAAAAGGCAAUCGAUGCUGUGGAAAAACAUGAGAAGGCUAUUGUCGAUAAAGACAACAACACAGGAUUGACAACCCUAUUUAGUAUGGUUAGUAGUGCUAGUGCCCAAGCAGGAGCCAUGACGCUUAUAUCACCUCAGGCAGCUUUCGCUACAGGUUUCUUUAGCUUCUUCCAAACAUACUUAGCACACACUAAUGAGGCAGCAGCAGUCCUAGAUGUUAGAAAGCAGAAGAGAGCACGAGAAGAGAUGGAAAAGAAAGAGAAGAUAUUUCAAGACGCUUUGAACACUGUUAGCAGUUUGUGCGUUGACGUAUUGAGUGCUGCAUCAUUCGUUGAUACAAUUAAGCCUAGCUCUGAUGAUGUUUCGAAAGUAAUUGAAAAGAAGAGGGGAUUGAAAGAUGUUGCUGACUCCAACAAAGAGGAUUUUCAAUUCCAUGAUCUCACUAAUAAAAUGGAUAGGCUACAGCAAGCUGCUGGUAAAAUUUUAAAAAAGAUCGGAAAAGAUGGAACAUCUCCAAUUAGCUCAAAGCCUGAUGAGCUUGUUUCGAAUACUCGACCACACCAAACGACUGACCAAGGCCAAGCAACAAUGCAAGACAUCAGGAAGACUCUAAACAUACCGUCUCAGCCGAACGGUAAUUUUAGCAGCCCCUCCCAAGAUGGCGAGACAGUUCCUCCUUUAGAAGAAACCGAACAGGAAGAAGCCGAAAAGGAAUUAGUUGGCCCUGAACAAGCUGAACAGGAAAUUGGUAACUCUGCUGAACACACAGAACUAGUUGCGAAAUAAUAGCUGAACCUUGAUACAUAAUUAUACAUACGGGUUUCAAAUGCAAAUGUUUAUUUUUGCUCGUUGUUGUUAUUUUGUCGCACUGGAAAA